AUGGAGUCAAGUGAGUUCGCUAUUCUAUACGAAUUGAACAGUAAUGAACACCUACAUGUAGGCUGUAAAUAUCACACAAAUGGCAGGAAAAAGUCGGACUUUAUCAGAAAAGGUAUUACCAUAAUGAAUUCUGUUUUUAUACAAGAGAUACUGAAGAUUUUCAGUACACGAGAUUGGUAUGUGUUCACAGCAUCCCCCAAGAAGAAGAAUGUUGUCAUUGUUGUGGACGAGAGUGGCUCAAUGUCAAUUCCUAAUGGAGGAUUUAAACAUCCGAAUACCACACUCAGAGUUGAUAUAGCAAAAGAUGCAGCAAGAACCGUACUGGAAACAUUCAGUCCCACAGAUCAUGUUGGUGUGGUAGCUUUCAGUAAUGAACCAAGAAGUCCAUCUGGUUGUCUUGGAAGUGAAAUAGCCAGAGCUACAGUGGAGAAUAAGAAAAUCAUCCAUCAGUUCAUUGAUAGUAUCAAACCAAAGAAGGACACUUACUAUGGAAAAGCAUUCAGAUCAGCUUUUAAACUGUUGAGAGAAGCAAAACAUCAGACACCAGAACUGUUUGAGGACUCCCUAGACAUGAUUCUGUUUUUAACAGAUGGAACUCCAUCAGAAUCUAACAUAAACAGUAUUUUAGAAGAGAUCAUUCAAGGACAGGACAGUGUGAACAACACUAUCAAAAUUUUUGUGUAUGGAUUUGGACAAGAGAUCUUGAAUUCCAAGUCCCAAAGCAAAACAGAUUUACUACUGAUGAUUGCUGACCAAAACAACCAGAAUAUGUCUUCCAUGUUUGGAAUAGCAGGCGGCAAACAACUUCAAUGGCCACAACUUUCAAACCUGCCAGACACUUCUAAACCUAUAGGUCCUGUGGGUAAUCUGACCAUUUUACCAGAUGUUGACACAGAACAACUGAGAAAUGUAAUGGGAAGUUAUUAUACAAAGUUCCCUUUGUCACGACAUACAGAUUACAGUAUAAGUUUACCACACAUAGAAGAUGAAUUAGGUCUAGUCACCACACUAGGUAUUCCCACACUUGACAAGGGAGGUAACUUCUUUGGAGUAGCAGGAAUUGAUCUAUCUCUGUUACUUAUGUUUUAUGAAGUGGUACAUUUUAGACAAGGACAACAUGGGUAUGGAUUUGUUGUUGGAAACAAUGGAAAAAUGUUGGUACAUCCCUAUAUGCCCAAUCCUCAGCAGCAGAUGGAGCAGCCCAGAUUCUAUGAUAUUGACCAGAUAGAACCAGUAUUAAGUGAUGAAGCUGUAUUCAACAUAACCAAUGGGUUACCAGGACAUUUCUACUCAAAACUGGCUACAUUCUGUAAAACACCAGACGUUCAAGGAACAAAACCGGCAACAUAUUACUAUAAACCUAUUCUCCGUUUCCGUGGAAAUUAUACCAUUGUCUUGGUGAUAUUUGAUGAGGACAUGGAAGAGUUGAGGGCAGAUGAGGAUAUUGAAAAAGGAGAAUUCCCAAGUUUUAUAUAUCAUCGUAUGGAUCUUUAUGAUAAUGACACACUGAAUAUAGCUGGCUUUUGUACUAGAGAUAACAGUGUUGUGUUAAAAAAUAAUGCUACAGUCAAGUUUGCCCCAAGUGUAUAUUCUAAUCCUGUGAAAAGUUUGGAAUAUGAGCAGAAUAACAAAAAUAGAAGCUAUCCUUUCUAUCAACACUACAGAAAUGCUAGAUUAUUCUCAAAGAAUGCAGAUAUACACCAGUCUGCCUCUAAUGACAUUGUAUUAACUGAUAUAACAGACCAAGUAUGGACACAGGAUGAUAUGAUAUGGAGGUAUUUAGGAACAGAGAACGGGUUUUUUAAGAUUUUUCCUGGAACAAUGUUGUCCGAUAUCCAUUAUGAUCCAAGGGAUGAUGUUUGGUAUAGAAAGGCUGCAGAAAAUCCUGACAAAUAUGUCUUCAUUGACAUGGGAACACCACAACAAAAUACCUCCACUUAUGUUACCAUGGCAAAGGUGUUUUAUCAGACAAGCAAUGGUUCAGUUAGUGGAGUUGUAGCAGCAGAUAUGAGCAAACGUCAGUUUACUACCGUCCUUACAAACAUGAUGACUUCCUGUUUACACUGUUAUAUUCUGGAUGAUGCUGGAUAUGUAAUUGGACAAACUAAUGCAAGCAUGGAUUUGAAAAGGGCACACAUAACACUAGUAGCAGGUCCUGUCAGCUUUCUCUUGAUGAAACAAGGAUUUCUGAAGCCAGAGGUAUGUAUGGAUGCUACUUCUGGAGUGAAAAGGCUGACAUACAGAUUAGAUCUAGGUCAGAAGGGUUCUUCCAUUAGAAAAGUUGGUUGUCACGACUACACCUUGUUGACCAUCAACAAUACAAAUUUGUACCUCUUAAGUUACCAACCAGAUAACUGUUUUUCAUUGGAUGUAGGGACUUGCAAUUGUCAAGAAAAGUGUUUACUGUGUAAUAAUCAGAUGAAUUCUAUGUGUCAGUGCCCAUGUACUUGUGUUAACAGAACAACAGAUAACUGUAAUAGUACCUUUACAAUGACACAAGGAUAUGCUCCAUGUAGAGAAAGUCUGAGACAUUGGAAGACAGUUAAGACUAUUAAUCUUCAUCAGUCAAACGUUACAGAAUGUCAACCACAGUGUCCCUCAUUUCAAACAGAAAAGGAUUGCUUACUUAUGUCAGGAUGUAGUUGGUGUUCUACAGGAUUCUAUAACCACAUCCCUAUAUGUACUAGAUCCUGUCCUCAGGAUAGAAUGGAGAUUAAAAUGACCACACCUUGCCAUAAUUUAACAGAAUACAGCCAUCAAUAUUUAUCAUUAGAAGUACAGAAGUUGUUACUAUCUAAAGUCAAUGAUUCCAAUUUUGACAUCAGUCUGCCCAUGAUAAUACAACAGGAUAUGAUUAAUUUUACCAUUUCAACAAAAGAUAGAACAAGUAUACCAAAUAGUUGGACUGAAAUGCUGUCUAAACCAUUCUACACAAAAGACAACAUUGUGUUUAUAAAUCAAAACAGUAUGAUUGAGUUCACAUUGUUGAGAUUGACACUUGCAUUUGAUAAUGUCAACUUUACCAGAGAACAAGAAACUGAAUUGACCUUGAGAGAGUACAUAGAUGUUCAGGUCAAGGACUUUAUUUUACAAGCUUUGGGUGAUGGAAACAUUACUGUCUCCAAUGUUUGGCCAGAGCAGAAUGAGAUAUCCUGUAUGCUGAAUACUACUAAUAGAACUAGUACAACAAAUAAGGCAGUUUUGAUGCAACAGAUCCAGACAUGGAAUAUAUCAACACUACCUACAAUAGAUGUGUUCGGCAGGCCAUUAUCAUUAGUGAAUACCAGUGUUGAGCAUAGUCACAACACGCUCUGUCAUGUCAACUGCCACCAAAUGUGA